AUGUCACAGUCUUCCAGCAAGGUUAAGGCGGCCCAAUUAUGGACCAAGAACAAGGAGGAUCUCGUCAAGCAGCUCGGUGUGCUGAAGACUGAGCUGGGCCAGCUCCGCAUCCAGAAGAUCGUGUCCUCGGGCACCAAGCUCACCAAGAUCCACGAUCUCCGGAAGUCGAUUGCCCGCGUCCUCACUGUCAUCAACGCGAAGCAACGGGCGCAGCUCCGCCUGUUCUACAAGAACAAGAAGUACCUUCCUCUCGACCUCAGAUCCAAGCAGACCCGCGCCAUCCGUCGCCGCCUGUCGAAGGAGGAUGCCUCGAGGCAGUUACUCAAGACCAAGAAGCGCGAAACCCACUUCCCUCAGCGCAAAUUCGCCGUCAAGGCUGCAUAA